AUGUCCAUCCCCAACCAAAAGCAGAACUCCGCCUCUUUGUGCCAUCCAGACCAGCACGUAAUUGAUUGGGACAUCCCCUUCAACCACGCUGAUCCUCAUCCUGGAUGUAACGUUGGCAGAAUCUGUGUCCUGGGCCAAGGUGCAUCCUGCCCCAUGGCAAUCCUUUUUUCGAUAUACCAGAAGACUGGCUUCUGGGAUGCCAACGACCCAAAGCACCGAGCUUGCUAUCCUGGCCAGACUUGUUCCAAGACCGGGGAGAAGCUCUGCGCUCGCAUCCUCUACAUCGCCAAACAUGACCACGCCUACGGAGCCUGCUCUUCUUCCGGCGGACCGGACCACGAAUACUGUCCUCCGAUCUCCGACCUCGAGCGGCGUUGGCUGUUCCCUGACUGCUCGGAAUGCGGCGUCUUGAAUGAGGCGAGAGCUCUGGUUCUCAUCCAUCGACGGAUGCUCGACGAGUGUGCGAUGGACGAAGGCUUCACUGACAGGGAUGUCGAAUGUGUCAAAAACAGCCUGGUUGGGUACAUGCGGGCUUACGGAGUCAGGAGGGGGAUGCAUAUUCAGGAGCUGCGCGAACAGAACCAAGCGGCUUAUGAGCUUGAGAUGAGGUACGCCAGGGGUGGUGAGGACGCCACUUGCUUGGCUCUAGGCCCAAGAGCUGGGCGCUGCGGGUGGUGGGAGAAGACUGCAGGGCGUGUCGUCAAGGCAUUCGCCCGUCUUCUUUCUUUUUAA